AUGGAAUACUCCACCAGGCCCAGGAUGCCUUUGGACAAAUACUGCAGUGCGGCCACAACCCUGAGGGCCCCUGCCUGGGACUGUGCUGCUCCACCCUGCGAACUCUCCUCCAUCUGCCCCUUUGCCCUCCAAGUGCCCUGGCUCACCAGGAGCAACCCCCCCACGAGGUAUACCACUUAUCACCCAUGUCUCCACAUUGCUGACCCAGCAUGGCAGAGGCCUGGCUGGCUGGGAAGAGUCGGAGAUGCUGCUGACAUGUGGGUCCUGGCAAGAAGGGAACAAGAUGGUUUUUAUUACCGGGCUCAGAUAAAGACAGCUCCAGAGCUGGAGAGGCAGGGGACCCUGCUUGUAGAAUUUGAGGGUCCCCUUGUCACAGGCCUAAAGCAACAGAGGGUGGUCUUAGAAGAAGUCCUUCAGCUGUCACCAUCCAUAGGAUAUUCACUGCAGCCUGGGGACAAGGUGCUGGCACCCUGGGAGCCAGACCAACAGCAGUAUGGUCCUGGCACUAUUCUCUUGAGCUUGGAGACGAGAGACCCCCACAGAGCAUCAAAGGAAGAGGAAAUCAUUGUUCAAUUCUGGAAUGGCAGGACAGCUAAAGUGCCUCUAGGUGGGGUCAGGUGGGUGCCCCCAGCUGUAUGGAAGAAGGCUGUGGAGAGGCUGUGCAAGCCUUUUGUCAGGGAGCACCCCAGUUCCCUGCUCUGGGCCCCUUGCUGCUCUCUGCUGGGGCCAGUCACUGGAUGCAGGACCCAUGGACUUCCUCUGGGCACUUCAUUCCUGUGCCCUCCCUGCCACCCCCACACCUGCUGCCAGCUGCUGUGCCAGGGCUGCCUCUGCUGUUGUCCUUUGGCUGGCCCCACAUGGUGGCCUCUAACCAGCAACUCAGAGGUUGCAGCCAGAGAACCUCCGAAGUCAGAGCCAAAGCCCACAGCACAGCUUUUGCCCCUAGACGGUCCUGACAAGGAGGAAGUAGCAGUGCAUGCUCCUGUGGCUGUUUCCUCCUCCUCCUCCUCUGAAGGGGAUUUAGGGAAUGAUCUGGAGAUGAGCCUUCCCCAGAGACUGAUGGUGAACAGCACAGUCAACACAGACCCCAUCCUUCUUGAGAAGCCUCUGAGGCAGAGUGGCCUCCACAAGCCUGUGUGGAGGUAUUGGAGGAGAAACGGGCCUGAGCAGCACCCUGGGAAGCCAGGAACGAGAUGCUACAACAUCAGGAAAGAAGAGGACAACAAACAGGAGCGAGUACAAGCUGUAGCACUGGGGACUACCAAGGAGCUGGCCCUGAAAGCAAAAAAGCCACCACAGACCCUGCCAGAGGAAGGUGAACACAGAAAACUGUCAGGGAAGUUAAACAAUGAUGGUAAAAUACUUGAGGAGGAGCUACAAAGAGAGGCCGACAAGGCCUUCUUCAAGGGAAGGAGGUAG